AUGCCACCUAUUGUUGAGCUGUUUAAGCUAAGCACCGGUGUUUGGGAAGACAUUAGUUAUGUCGCCCCGUCUCAUAUAUUCUUUUGCAGUGCACCGCAGGCGUAUCUGAAUGGAGCUUCCCAUUGGGUUGCUUUCAAGUUGGAAGAAGGAUCAAGUCGGAGAAUGAUUGUUUCAUUUGAUAUGCAUGACGAGACAUUCUCAGUGAUAAUGUUGCCUAUUAGUUUAGUUAAUAGGAUACCGCGACAAUGUGGAGUGUUCCUUUUUGUAUCAGGUGAGUCACUUUGUUUAAUUAAUUAUAACUAUGAUAUUACUAAUACGGCUGAUAUUUGGCUGAUGAAAGAGUAUGGUGAAGCAGAAUCAUGGGUGAAACAAUACAACAUUAGUUCUCGUCGCAUUCCAUAUGAGCCCGAGGGUACUUAUUCCUUGUUAAAGCCCAUGGUUACAAGGAAAAAUGGUGAAAUUUUGUGGACAGAGUGCGAUGGACUAUUGUUGUCAGUUGAUCAUGAAAAUGAAAAGAUUAAGGAUCUUGGCGUUUGUGGCACUACAAAUACCUAUUUUCUGUUUUACGAUUCACUUUAUGCUAAUUGUUACAAAGAGAGCCUUGUUUUAUUCAAUAAAUGGAGAGAUUAUUGUGCUGAAGACGCUUGCGAAGAGUCAUUUCAUUCAUGGAAGAGAGAGCCCAAAGGUGGGAGAAAGAAGCUGUUAAAGAUAAACGCCAAAAAGAGACUACAAAUUGAAUCUCUCUUGCACAUCAAUGGAUUGUUGUAUCUGUCAAAAAAGAAACGAAAAUGGUCACAGAGAAAAGAAAGGAAGAAAAGGCAAGUCAAACGACAUCCAUUGUCUAUUUAUUGUCAUUAG